GCUGACAGUACCAGCACAAAGGGCGAAAAAUCAGACGAGGGGAGUUCUUCCAACACCUCGAACCACGAGGGAGCCAAGAAAGAGGAUACUGUAGGUGAUGCAAGUACAGGUAAAUCUAGAGAUUUAUGUGGGACCGUAGAACGUUUUGCGUUUAUAUUUUUUAUUUCAAUUGGUUUAUAUUGCACGCAUACUGAUUCAAAGAUGGAAAAGUUAACGUUCUUGUUCAUUUUUUCAGGAGAUGAAACCAAGACAUCUAGCAACACUAGUUCCCAAUCCGCAGCAACUUGCGUGGAAAUAAGCAAACAUGAAGUAAGUAAUCAUUUCGCUUUUUCUACGUAAUUUUUUGCCUGUAAGUAGAAUACUUCAAAAUCUAAAUGCUGAAAGCCAUUCUUUUGUAUCUUUCUGGCAAAGUCUUUUUACCUCCCUCGGUGAUCCACAUUAGUUAUGGCAUUCACGGACAAAUGCACAGUAAUGGCCCCAUAAGAGAGAACAAUAUUGGCCAAUAUUUUCUCCAUGGGAUGUACGCCCCUUUGUACAGCUAUUUUCCUGUGCUCAUAGCUGAGAAAAUGCCAUUAUUUUGCUUCACUCGGAUGACAAACAAGAAUAGCAACGAUCAAAUUCACAUGCAAACGUUUGCCAAAAAGUUUUUAAGUCACGUGCGGUUAAUUGACGUAAGGUAACUUGUUUGCAUACUAAUCAAUUAUUUUUCUUUUCUUUGUAGGCCAGAAGCUGUUCCGAAAUUAAAGCAGAAAUUUCUCCUACAAAAGCUGAGCAGUCCGCACAGACGAAUUCUUCACCAAGUGCUAGAGAUCAGACAAAUCCUAAAGGAAGCGUCAAAGAAGAACUUGAUGAUACUAAACUUAGAGGCAAAUAUGGUAUUGUUUUUACUGUGAUUCAGUUAGUAUUGUAUUUCCUUGAAUAAGCGCCCGCGAAUAACGGCUAGAAAGGGGGCGCUUAUUGGAAGGAGGGCGUUAAAAGAAGAGGGGCGCCUCUUUAGUUUUCCUUUCAACGAAGUGUAACUUUGUUUCGGAAAAUUAAUAGGUUUUCGUUUGCUAAAACAGUAGUUGUAAUCAAGUUUAAAGUAGUCCCAUUAAACACCUCAUUCUGACAAACAAACGUAUCGCUAUACAUGUCUACAAAAUAUAAUAUUAUCUCAUCAUCAUCAAGAUCAUCCUCGUUAAUGAUAUGCAAAUCUUCGCUUUCUCCUUGUAUUCCUACUAUUUAAGAAAGUGAUCAAUUAAAAAAGAUGAAAUAAGCGCGAUAAAAUUUGAAGCAGUGCGACUUCUCUUUUUAAGUGACGUUUUUGUAGCCGUUGAAGUUCCCUAUUGGCCUAAGGGGUGGAGCGCUUAUUCGAGGGAGGCCGUUUAUUAGAGCGUGGGCGCUUGUUCAAGGAAAUACCUAGCUAGUCUUUUCUACAUUUGUUAAACAUGAUUUUUUCCCUUCAAGACAGUGAGACCUAGUGUUCUAAAUAAAAAUGCUUGCGUGGGAUCAUUUUGCAACGGUGCUGAGGAAAGUUUAUUUUGUUCUAGACUACAAGGAAGGCCUACUGUACCGUGAAUCUUUGCGGAUGGAUUUACCCGGAGGACCCUGGACAGAGUCGUGUUCAACAACAAGUGCGAGCAGCAGUGAGUCUGAGGACGGUGGUAAACAAGUAAGAUGACUGAAAGAAAACUUCUUGUCAUUAUAGUCAUUAUCAAACUUGAAAUUACAAUUGCGCAGUGUCACCACGGUAUUGCUGAAUAAGGUCAAUUUUGUGCUGAAAACAGUCAUUACUUAGGGCCUUUACAAUAGUCCUGAAGGGUUAAGCUCCGGGCAAACGGACGCAACACUGUUGGCCAACAACCCCCAACAUUGUUGGAUGUUACAUGUUUCCUCCGUUUGCUCACCCUGGUGCAUGUUGUUGCGUGUUGUCGGUAAUUGCUGCGGAAAGUUUGAAACCGGUCAAACUUUUAUGCCACUUUCAAACGGAUGCAACAAUGUUGCGUUAUGAAGUUAUGAAUUUCAUCAUCGAGCACUAACUACAAUAACUUUGUGCGCGUUUCUUACAGGUCAAAUUUGAAGGCAUAGAAUUAAUAAUUGAAAUAGUUGGUUUCAAUCCAUGUCCAUCCUUGCCAUCCUUUCCAAAGGCGAUAGGAAACAAAUUCAAUGCCUAAAUAUAGCCUUGGAUAACAAAACUAAACCAUUAUUUUGGAAUCUAACUGACGAUAAAAAAGUUUAAGCUUCUUAAAAAUAUAGUAAUCAGCGUGUCAUAGCCCCUUUAAGUCAACUACAGAUCGGAGCUACCUCGUCCCCAGGGUCUUCUCUUUUUCAGAUCCUAAGCAUGAUCCUGGGGGCUACUUAAGCUACGUGUAAACGGACGCAAAAAAUUAACUUCCAACAUUGUUGGCUCAACAAUGUUGGAAGUUGUUGCGUCCGUUUACACGUAGCUUUACGUUUGACAGCAGUUUUAAACUCUGUGCAACAACUCCCAACAACAUGCACCAGGGUGUGCAAACGGACGGCGCAACAUUUAACAUCUAACAAUGUUGGGAGUUCUUGGCCAAAAAUGUUGCGUCCGUUUGCAAGGGUCUUUACUUGUCAAAUUCAAAAUGAGACAAGGCGCCUCAAAGUAGUUUACACCUGAGGUAGAUUUAAAAAGUGUUGCGAUUACUGUAUCAAAUGACGCUAUACAAGAGACAGAAAGCACUGAGCAAUACACAGCAGCUAACACCGCUGUUUCUGCGACACCAACUAACACCCAAAACAUAAAUAUGAUCUGGCCCAGUGUUAAUUGCACUCGCUAAACAAGCCCUAUAAUUUGUAUUGCAGAUUACCGUGAAAGUUGACGUCCAUCGUCCAUUUAAAAAGAGAAAAAUUACACUUGGCUUCUUAAAGCAAUUACCCCUACAACGACAACAGACUACCGAAGAAGCAGAGAAAAUCGAGGUUGCUCCGGUAGAAGAAACUAACAGAACUUGCAAUGUCAAAGAAAGCCGCCAAAAGGUACUGUAUGACAAAAUAUACAUUUAGUGUUUUUUUUAAUUGAUUAAAAUACGCGAAUCUGGAUACUUUUGAAACCGAAUACUUUUUUACAGCUAUUUCGAGAAAGGUUGUCGGAAAAAUGUGGACGCGACAAUCCCGAAAUGUAAUAUGGGAUAUGAUCAACAACCGUACCUGAAACUGUAGCUGUCGAACUCAAUUUUGUUACUUUCCUUUAGCAAGCGCAAACGUAAGUCCAUGGUCUGUCGUGCGAUUCUUGCAAAUUUCUUUGAAGAACAGUGAACUUAAAACCACCCAUAAUACCUUUCGGGAUUGUGACGUGCACUUUUUCCGACAAUCUUUCUUGAAAUAGCUGUACAGAUAUAAAACGGCCAACAAGUGAAGCUGCAAGGAACACAUCACAUUAGAAGAUUGAUUCGUUAGCUCAAAUUUCAUUGUCUACUUUAGAACGGAGUUUGAAGGUUUCUAAAUUUUUACUCCCCCUACAGUUGGAUCUUCAUGAUAUUUAACACUAAAAAGGCGUUUUAUGUGUUUUCUUUCAGGGAGGAUUCUUUGGCAGGCUCUGGCGAAGACUAAAGAAGAGUUCUAACACGAAAUGA